AUGGCAAACUGCUCAGCAGCGGGCGAUAUCUCUGCAACAGACAGCAAAAUCAGCCUUGAUUUCGAUGUCAGGCCCACUACAAAGCUCCUGGACUCGGAGGCCAACGACCUCGUCGAGGCCGAUGAUUCCUCCGGCGGCUUGGCAAGCUCAUACGGUGCGGCUGCUUGGUCCUGGAGAAACAUACUGCCAACGAUCUACUCGGGAUGUACAACGGUCGGGCACGCCUUGGGCAGUCUUCUCGUCUACAUCACCAUCGGCGACUCGGUUGCCCCUGACAAGCGAGGUUUCUAUGACAACCUCAACCACGGCAUCUUCUCGAUUUCGACGGUCCUGGGGCCGAUCCUUGGCAGCGCCUUCACCGACAACGAGGCCGGCUGGAGGUGGUACUUUGAUGUCAUCCUCCCGCUUGCCGGGUUCUCGUUGACGCUCUAUUUCUUCGUGGGAAAGUGGGCACCCAAGUACCUCGAGCCCGAGUCGCCGUCUGAGCCGGAGAGCUGGAGUGCCGUCGGCAUCUGUAUCGCCGUUGCCAUGAUGCUCUCCGGCCUGACCUACUGGGGCUCCAGCCACAUCUGGGACUCGCUGGUGCCCCUGUCGAUCCUGCUGGUCGUCGGGAUUGUCCUCUGUGUGCUGGUUGUGGCGGUGGGAUCGUACUAUGCACCUCGCGGUCUGCGGCCCGCCGGCCUGUUUGGGCACUGGAAUUUCAAUGUCUGCAACUGGAUCGGCCUGGCGGCCAGCAUGCAGCUCUACGGCUGCAUUUUCUUCAUCCCAUUCUAUCACCGCAUUAUCUUCAAUGAGAGUUCCACCGAUGCCGGGCUCAGCCUUUUGCCGUUUGUCGCUGCCUUCAGCAUCACAUCGGUGGUCACCAGCGCACUGGCAUACCAACCCACAAGCGCCUGCAGCUUGGCUCGCCUCGGCUCCGUCCUAUUGGCAGGCUCGAUGGCCAUGCUCAUGUACAUCGACACCAAGCCCAACCCGCUGCUGGAGAAUCUCAGCUUGAUAUUGUUUGGAAUCUCAUCCGGACUGAUCUACCCCAGUAUUCUGGCCAUCACCCAGCUGUCGCUGCCGGAGGAAUCUUGGACGCAGGCGACCAUUGCCCAUGCCUUCUUCAAGACGCUCGGCGGCAUCUUUGGCCUGGCCCUCUUCCAGGCCACGCUCAAGCAGAGCUUUGAAGACCAGGUACAUCAGGAUGUCGGGGCGGAUAUAUCCAAGUUUGAUCCCGUUCACGUAUCGACGCUGCCGGAUCCGCUGAGGCUGGCGGUGCUCGGGUACUUGGUGGCAGGGUUCCGGGCGGUGUGGGCAACGGCGAUGGUCGUCUCGUUGAUGGCGGGCUUUGGCUCACUGCUGAUGCGUGCCGCUGACGCCCGGGGCACCAAAAAGGUCGACAUCCCACUCCUUUCUGAGUAA